UUGAGAGUUCCCUCUUCUUUGGUUUUUUUUUCUUUGUAAUUACUACUUUCGCUCUUCUAUAUCAAACAAAAAAGUGUAAUAUUACACCUUACCUUUGGCGGUAUUUGCCAGAGAGGGGAAAUCAAAAAAAUCGCCACAUUAUCAACUUAACGGCAUAGUGCAUUGUCUGAUUAAAGCGGGUUAACAAUGCUUGCCAGUUGUUUACAGUUGUUUGCAAUAAUAGCAAUUUAUAUCAAGCUCGAUUGAAUGCGAGUUGCUAUUAUAGUGUAAAAAGGCAAUGAAGUAGAGAAGUGAAGUGAAAAUAUCACUCGAAUAAAGAGUAAUCUAAUAUUUGCCAAGUGGAUAUAAAUUCCCUGUGAUUGCGCCAUAAAAUCCACUUGAAAAAAAAGUGUUCAAAUACAAAAUUUGAAAUGAAAAAGUCCUUGCUAGUGUUUUUUUGUGCGAUACUCGCCCACUGUAACGGAGUCCAACGCAUCUACGACUCCAACAUCGGCAGUGGCGGCUAUCACCAUCACAGUGGGGUCGAAGUACUGCCGGGCUCCUCAUCGUCCUCCGGCAUGUCCUCCUCCGAUCUCUUCCCCCAUCACAAUCGCUGUGAACCCAUUACCAUAUCCAUUUGCAAGGAUAUCCCCUACAAUAUGACCAUUAUGCCGAAUCUAAUUGGUCAUACGCGCCAAGAGGAAGCCGGCCUCGAAGUGCACCAAUUUGCGCCACUCGUUAAAAUCGCUUGCAGUCCGGAUCUGCAGUUGUUCCUUUGUUCGUUGUACGUGCCCGUGUGUACGAUUCUAGACGAGCCGAUUCCGCCGUGUCGGAGUUUGUGCGAAUCGGCGCGUCUGUGUGAGGCUCUAAUGAAACACUACAAUUUUAAUUGGCCCGAAAAUUUGGAAUGUACCAAAUUUCCGGUUUAUGGGGGCGAUGGAUUGUGUGUGGCGGAAAAUACCACAGCAACAACGCCAUCGCCGACGCGGACAAAUUUGCCGCGGGUUACGCCGCCAAGGAAGAAUGCCGUCGAGGCGCCACACCGGAAUAUUGGAUUUGUUUGUCCGGUUCAGUUGAAGACACCUUCGGGCAUGGGAUAUUCGCUGAAGGUUGGAGGAAAGGAAACUCGUGAUUGUGGAGCCCCAUGCCAUGCAAUGUUCUUCCCCGAAAACGAGCGAACCGUCUUACGCUAUUGGGUCGGUUCCUGGGCGGCAGUUUGUGUUGCCAGUUGUUUAUUUACGGUGCUUACGUUCCUAAUCGAUUCAUCACGUUUUCGCUAUCCUGAGCGAGCUAUUGUCUUCCUAGCUAUUUGCUAUUUAGUAGUUGGUUGCGCGUAUGUUGCUGGUUUAGGUGCUGGCGACUCGGUUGCAUGUCGUGAGCCAUUUCCUCCACCGAUACGUCUUGGUCGUCUACAAAUGAUGUCAACUAUAACACAGGGACAUCGACAAUCGACUUCGUGCACCGUCCUAUUUAUGGCUUUGUAUUUUUGUUGCAUGGCUGCAUUUGCGUGGUGGUCGUGUUUGGCUUUGGCUUGGUUCCUUGCAGCCGGUCUUAAAUGGGGCCACGAAGCCAUCGAAAACAAGUCGCAUCUGUUUCACCUAGCUGCAUGGGCAAUUCCAGCGUUGCAGACGAUCUCGGUUCUGGCAUUGGCAAAAGUUGAAGGUGACAUCUUAUCUGGAGUUUGUUUUGUCGGCCAACUAGACACACACUCAUUGGGCGUCUUCCUGAUCCUACCACUUUGUAUUUAUCUAUCGAUCGGAGCACUUUUUUUACUUGCCGGAUUUGUGUCACUCUUCCGCAUACGCACCGUAAUGAAGACUGAUGGCAAACGUACCGAUAAACUAGAACGAUUAAUGCUUCGCAUUGGUUUCUUUAGUGGUCUGUUUAUUCUACCAGCUCUCGGCUUCUUGGGUUGCUUGUUCUAUGAAUACUACAAUUUUGAUGACUGGAUGAUUCAAUGGAAUCGUGACAUGUGCAAAGUAUUCUCAAUACCCUGCCCACUGGUGAGGAAUAGUGCCGAAGAAGCUCGUCCAAUUUUUCAAAUUUACAUGGUCAAGUAUUUGUGCUCGAUGUUGGUUGGUGUGACAUCGAGUGUUUGGUUGUAUUCGGGCAAGACAAUGGUCAGUUGGAGGAAUUUUGUGGAAAGGCUGCAGGGCAAAGAGCCUCGGUCCAGGGCCCAGGCGUAUGUCUAGCCCCGAGUUUAAAUAAAACAAAAAUGACUAGAACUAGUGACGUUGAUGAUAUUGCUAUGGCAUCGACGUCAAAUGCGUGUAUAGUUUAAUCUUGAUGGAUUUUAUUAGUUUAAUAGACAGCAUCACUCUGACGAAUAGCAUGUGUAUGAACACAUGAGACGAAACCAAAAUUUUUCUUAUUAUAAUUUGAUAUAUGUAAAUGUAGACUAACAUCAUUUUUAAUCAUGUGUGUAUUUUAUAAUAUUAGUUUUUUUAAGUUUUCACAAAAAAAAAAAUUAUUAUUCAUAUUCAAUUUAUUUCAAACGAACUUCCUCUAAAAUCUGAGUUUUGUGUGAUUUUUCUGAUUGUUGAAGCAUGAAUGUAAAAAAAAAGUGUAAAUGUUUUGUGUAUAAAUGAAUGAAUGAAUUAUGCUCAGAUAUUGUUUUAUUAUAAAAAAUAAAAAUUAAAGCAAAAAAAAUAUAUAAAAUUCAUGCAUUAAAAAUAUACAUUAUAUUUAGUCUAUAAGAAAUGAAAAUAAAAUAUAAAUAUGUAGUUUUAAAGCUUUACAUGUGCCCUAUACGAUACGAUAAUGAAAAUUUUAAAUCGUUGAAAAAAAAACAAGUUCAUAGUUUUAAAAAUAUAAAAUAAAAAAAAAUAUUUGUUCUAAAUUUUAAUGUUAAAUAUUAUUUUGUUUAAUUUUAUUUUUAAAUAAAUUAUAAAGUGUUUGUGUUAUAUUUUUGCACUUUGUUAAAUUUGAGCAGUCAAAAAUUCAUCUUCUUCGUUAUUUUAGGCUUAUCUUAUACC